CAACAGGGUUCUCCUAACUUAAAAAUUUGUCAUUACUGUGAUUUUGUGUUCAAAUUAAAACAACUUAUGUUAAACAAUUUCACUCAGACACAUAAUAGUGAAAUAGUACACUGUUGGACUUUAUUUGUUUAUUCUGCAUUUUAAAUGCAAGAAAUUCCUUUACUUUGUGAUAUCACAGAUGGUUAGAAAGAAGAUAAUAUGGACUACUCAGCUGCAAACGUUGAACAGGCUGUGUUACAGUUCUACUGUAAUGGCAAUCUUCAUCCAGAGGUUCACCAGUGGUUAACGCGAGCACAGAUCUCUCCUCAAGCAUGGACUUUCUGCUGGGAUCUCGUACAGCCAGACAAGGGAACAGAAAUCCAGUUUUUUGGAGCCAGUACAUUGCAUGUGAAGAUCUCCAGAUUCUGGCACGAGGUUCCACCUGACCAGUAUGAGAGUCUCAAGAGUCGCCUCAUGGAGAAGAUUCUUCAGUUUGUUAAUGGUCCCAAGUUGGUGCUCACACGGCUCUUUGUUUCUCUUGGUUCGUUUAUAAAUCAGACAGCUCCAGAGGUUUGGCCUGAUCCAAUUGAAAACCUAAUCACAACUUUCCAAAGACAGGAAUUCCAUAAUGUUACUAAUAUUCAGAGAUGUAAAAUGUUGUUAGAAAUUCUGACUGUGAUUCCAGAAGAAUUUUUCAGUGCUAAUCUAGGUCAUCAUAGAAGAACAGUGCUCAGGGCAGAACUAAACAAAGGCCGGGACCAGGUGCUACCAUUAAUUCAGAGCCUGUUAAAUUCGCACUCUCCUACUGAAGUUUAUGAAGUUGCCCUCAAGUGUUUCUCCAGCUGGGUGGAGUUUGGCGUACCUGUUAACGAGGGAGAGCAGAUUAUUCUGAGUGUGUUCCAGUCACUGCACAACCCACAGCUGUUUGAGAUAGCCACCGACACUCUGACCAAUGUCUUUUCCAAUCCAGACUCACAUAGGUACACAGUCACAAUGCAAAAGCUGUUGGUUCAUGUAUUACAACUUCAAGAUAUGUUGAAAAAAUCAGCAGAAGGACAUGACUUGGAAACGUGUCAUGGUCUGACCCGUGUGAUUGUGUCUUUGGCUGAGAACCAUACAAAACUUAUUGUGGAUUCAGUGUUGAAUGAGGAUGAACAAAUCAGGACAAGAGUAAUGGCAUUUCUACAUCUCGUUCUGUUUUGUACGUCCAUGCCUGGCCACUUUCCUGUUGAUGAGAACUGCAGUGAUCUUACCUUUACCUUUUGGUACAUUCUCCAGGAUGAAGUGGGAAUGGUUGAAGUUUCCAAGCACCAGCUGCUGUUUCCAGUAUUCCAGCCAAUCUACUUCUCUCUCAUGGAGGUCCUAGUCCACAAAGUUCAGUAUCCAAGUGAAACAGAGUAUGCUGGUUGGUCAGCAGAGGAAAAAGAACAGUUUCGCUGCUACAGACAAGAUAUUGGUGACACCAUGAUGUAUGCAUUCAACAUCCUAAAGGAGCCUCUGCUUGGUCACAUGUGUAAUGCACUGGCAGGAUUUGUUAAUGUUAAAACAGCACCCGUCCAUUGGCAGAUGAUUGAAGCAAUAUUCUACUUGUUUUCCUGUGUGGCUGAAAGUAUUGACCUCGAGGAGUCUGUGUAUCUUCCAGCCUUGUUGAAAUUAUUGCCACAGAUCCCUUUCAACAAUGUGCAACUCAUUUCUACAACCCUCAGCAUGAUAGGUUCAUUUGGUGAAUGGAUGAACUGUCACCCUGAAAACCUAGGUUGUAUCAUUCCAUUGAUCCUGCAGGGUCUGGGUAACAGUGAGGUUGCCACAGCAGCGACCAUGGCAUUGAAAGACGUGUCUCGGGAGAAUUUGGAUCACAUGCAGCCGUACACUGGUCAGAUUCUCUCAGCCUGCCAGUCUGUUUUGGAAGGAAAUACCUUAAAGUCUCGCGAUGCCCUACGCCUGAUGUCCUGUGCCGGUCAGGUCUUGUCCAUUCUUCCGUUCACCGAGAUCAUGCAGUAUUUGGAAAAGAUUCUGUCUCCACACAUCGCUGAACUAGAACAGCUUGUCAAGCAAGAGCCCAAUGCUGUGAACAAGAAUGCCAUUUUGCUGAAGGUCAAUCUUCUGAGCUGGCUCUUCUCGUCACUGGAUACAGAAAGAGAGUCACCAAAACCAAAGACGGAUACUCCCAAACCUGUCUUAGUUGUUCUGCAGCAAAUUAUGCCAAUAAUACAGGCUUUAGUUACAAAAUGGAUUACAGAUGAAGGAAUAAUAGAGGCUGUGUGUGAGGUGUUCAGGAAGUCAAUACGGACAUUGAUGGACGAUUUCUCUCCAGUCUCGCAGGAGGUUGCACAGUUGACUAUUCAAAUGUAUCAGGCCAUCCCACAUUUCGCCAUCUUAGAUCUAGUCAGACAAAUAAUUUUAUUGUUUGGGUCAGACUCCAACUUCGAACCAUUCACAAAAAUGUUGUUAAGUACCAUAUGUAGCAAGUCCCUGGAGAUCUUUCACAACAUUCCUGCAAUCCGUGAAAAAACUGACGUGAUAGAAGCCUUCAUGUCUUUCUUGGCACAGAUUCUGAAAAAGAUGCGCCAUCUAGUGACAAAUGUGAACUGCAAUCUGAUUGGUCUGUUCCAUGCGGGAAUCAUUGGCAUGAGCAUGCCAGAACACCACACAGUGAAAGCAGCAUGCUCAUUCAUGAAUGAGUUUUUGACGGCGGGUUAUGAGGUGGAAUGUAUAAAGGAAGUGAUAGAAGCUCAUGGUGAACAUUUAGUAGACAGAAUUCUUCGGUCAAUAGGAGGUGAGUCAUCCCGUGGUGUUAUGGACAACAUAUCUGAUGUGCUGUUUUUGUUGAACAAGUUCCACGUUGCUCACUUCAACGUCUGGCUAGGACAGAUGGUUGUGAAGGAUGACUACCCGUCGGUGCGAGUCACAAAGAAGGACAAGGAACAGUUUGUGAAAACUAUCAUAAGAGAGCGGGUUAACAAACGUAAAGUGCGGAGUGUGAUCAAAGAGUUCAGCCUGCUUUGUCGGGGACUGCUGGGCACAGAAUAUGCAGCUCAGGCAGCAGCUCUCAUUUGAUCAGCCAGUCACAAUACAGAUUAUUCAAUUGCUGACUUCUAAAUAACCAAUCACUAGCCAACAUGGAGAAUACAUUGUCCAAUCAGAACCCAUUGUGUGAUAAACAACAGUAAUGUGACUGAUAACCAAUGUGAUAGAUUCACAUGAUAGUGAAUGGUUACCGAGGUUGAGAGAAAUAACAAAUGAGGGUUGACGAAAAAAUUAAGUGUCUACAAAAUUGUGAAUCUCUGUGCUCCUUCGAUGGAUAUUUUUGUGCUGAUGAAAAAUAUUCAGUUUCACAUUGACUGCAUUGUUUGAGCACAAACGUCUGUGAUAUAUUGAUGCAUCCAUUUUUAUUUAUGUUUUAUGGUGAAUGGAGGGGAAUUGGUCUAUGUGCUUUUGUUUUGUCACUGUGUCCAAAACGCAAUAACAAGUGCUAUAGUUGUUGUAUGAUGCUAUUACUGUAAAGAGAACAAAUAUAGUGUGUGUGUUAAAAGUGAUGACAAGUAACAUAUUUAUUGUCUGUGAUAACAUAUGAAUCAGUGAUACAAAACUGGGAACAUUUGUACUGAUAGACAUAAAACCUUUUAAUGUUUUAAUGGAAAAUUUGUAAAUAUGUGAGAAAAAAAUUAAAGAAAUUUAUGAUUCAUAUAGAGCCUGUUGAUAGCUCAAAAUUUUAAAUAGACAUCCCUUGGAACUUUCAGUUGCAGGUAUGGGUGAAAUUGUUUUUAAUGUGACAAAUAAAAGUAUGGCAAUGUGUACAGUAUAUAAAAUAUUUUGUUGAUCAUGGCUUAAAUUCCUCAUACUUCGAAAGUGCAUUUUGUUGGUGUCUUGCCUUUUAUGUUCACAGGAAAAUACAAUUGUUCUUUAUGUCAUGUAAAACCAAAUCAUGCAGGGUUAGUGAAAUCCUUUAUAUUUCAUCUGAUAUUUCCACCAUGUGUAGUAUAUGUGUUAUGCGAUGAGGUGUGGUGUGAUAUAGGAUUUUGUGAAUAUUUAUUUUUAUGGAAAAUACUGGCUUAUCGUUUUAUGAUUGGUUAUGUGAGUUCAUCACCAACAACACUUAAUUUUUAAUGUUUAAAUAUAAAAUAAAGAAUUUAUGGACGAGAUUUUGGCUGGUCCAGACUGUCUUCCAAUUUCUGAAAUUUUAUAAAAAGAAUAUAAUAUUUUUUAAUAUGAUUGUAACCAGUAUGUGAAUUUACUGUAAGAGUACAUUUUAGAAUAAUGAAAUGAUCAUAUUGAUGGAACAUGUCACUGGAAUUUCUUUAUUGCAAAGUUAACAGUUUGAGCUUCUGAAUAUAGUAAAUGUGGUAUCGGUGUGUAAUUGUAAUUCUUGGAUCUAUAAAAAGAUGAAUCUCAAUAAAAUGAUGCAAUAAAAAAAUUAAUAUUUUUAGUCUCAAUAACUAUCUCUGGGGUUUGUAAAAAUAUUCUUACUGGAGACAUGUUAUUAAAAGCGAUUUUUAGUCAAAAUUGUCUCAAUUAGUAUAUAACGUUGCCUUGCCAAAUGCUGCCAAGUGCAGUGACAGAUAUAAGGGCGCCAGGGGGCCCCGUGUCCUCCCCUCUAAAUUUUGAAACAGUUAAUAUAUAUUUUUUUUUUUUUUUCAUUUUAUACAUUGGAGAAUCCAAAGAUCCCUCAGGAAUGUUUGUGGCACUGGGGCCCACCCCCUAGAUUGAUUUUCUGGAUCCUCCACUGAAGUGUGUUUGGCAGAGGGUCAAGUGGUCUUAAUUGACAGGACUAUUGUUUGUUAAAAGGUGUUCCUGUAGUGCUUUCAGCUGGGGGGUUUUAUUAACAACUGGUUUAUUUUCAGAUAUCUUACAGAAUAAUAAAAAUAUUUUUCAGUGAAAAACACCCACUAAAUUUCACAACAAACAUAUUUGGAUGUUUUAUUGGAAUCUGAAUUAUGAUUAUGAUUUAAGUACACUGGUUAAAGAAAUCAUUUUUAUAAUUCCUCACUGAGUGUUCCACAAUGUUAUGUGUGUCCAUUGUGCAGUGAAUCAAGUGUUUUAACUUGUAUCUGCUGUGUUUCAAUUUAUGUAUAUUAAAUGGUUUUAUACAAUAAAACAAAAUGGUGGUC